UACUCACUACAACCUCGGUCCCAUCGACCCAACACACUCUUUAAAAUCCCAAACACAAAUUAAUAAAAAUUAUUAUUUUUUCUCUGUGAAAUAAAAAAAAAUGUUGAAGGCAGUACCGUAUUGUAAUGCCACAGACCAAAUCCAGGCUCUGGUUUCGUCUUCUCAAUGCAGAUUCUUGUCGACCCAAUUCAAUAACCGGCCCUGUUUAUUGAAUCGCCGAUUGGGAGCAAACGGUGUCGUUUGUUGUAGCUCGAAAGGUAAUCGUCAUUGUAAUAAUUCGGGUUCUGCUGUUCAUGGUGCUGCUGCUGUUGUGUCGGAGACGAGCAGUGGAGUUGAGUCGUGUGAGAGCUGGGCGAAUCGUUUGCGGUUGGGGAAUUUAACGGAGGAUGGGUUGUCUUAUAAGGAGAGAUUUAUUGUGAGGAGUUAUGAGGUUGGGAUUAAUAAAACGGCCACUGUUGAAACCAUUGCUAAUUUCUUGCAGGAGGUUGGCUGCAACCAUGCUCAAAGUGUUGGGUUUUCAACUGAUGGAUUUGCCACAACCCUCACCAUGAGGAAAUUACAUCUCAUAUGGGUAACUGCUCGCAUGCAUAUUGAGAUUUACAAAUACCCGGCUUGGAGUGAUGUAGUUGAAGUGGAAACAUGGUGCCAAAGUGAAGGAAGAAUUGGAACCAGACGUGAUUGGAUUUUGACGGAUUAUGCCACUGGUGAAGUUAUAGGAAGAGCCACAAGUAAGUGGGUGAUGAUGAACGAAGAUACUAGGCGGCUUCAGAAAGUCAGCGAUGAUGUCCGAGAAGAGUACUUAGUUUUCUGCCCACGAGAACUCAGAUUAUCAUUUCCGGAGGAAAACAAUCGCAGCUUGAAGAAAAUUGCAAAACUAGAAGAUCCCGCUCAAUAUUCCAAACUUGGGCUAGUGCCUAGAAGAGCAGACCUGGACAUGAAUCAACAUGUUAAUAAUGUCACCUACAUAGGAUGGGUUCUUGAGAGCAUACCUCAAGAAAUCAUCGACACGCAUGAACUGCAAACAAUCACCUUGGAUUACAGAAGGGAAUGCCAACAAGAUGACGUAGUUGAUUCACUUACAAGUGUGGAACCCUCUGAGGAUUCAAAAGGUUUCACAGAGCAUCAAGGAACAAAUGGGUCUGCCACCAGAGCUGCCCACGCCGAAGACUGCCGGAACUUUUCACAUCUGCUCAGAUUGUCAAAAGAUGGGCUUGAAAUAAACCGUGGCCGCACUGAAUGGAGAAAGAAAUCAACUAGAUGAUGGAAUUUUUGUACUCAUUUGUGCAUCUUCAAGUUUUCUAGAGGAUUUGAUCGUCUUUCUAGCUUCUUGUUUGUUUUUUUAUUUAUUUUUCCUCUCUCCGUUGCUUGUAAUUUGUGUUUGAUAAUUCUGCAUAUCUUAGGUUUAAAUUUGAGUGACUGGACGACCUUGAUUGGACUGGAGAGGAAAGUGUAAUUUAUUUCAAUAAUUGUUAUGCUCACCUCACCAAUUCUAUUAAUGAGUUACUGUACUCUCUUAUCCAGAGUUUCUUAGUUCAA